CGUCAACCAACCAAAAUGGGUCGCGACUCGCUCCGACAUCUCAACUAAAAAUAUUUCGAUUUUUGGUUUGAUUUAUCAUUUAAGUGUGAGUUUCAUCAUUUCUGAAAAUAAAAUAAAGGAUUUGAAUGAAUCCAUGAUACCACACCAAUAAUCAUGGAUGAUGAAGAUCCUUCUGAUAUUUCUAAACUGGACUUCAAUGAAAUUUUCAACGAGAGUCGCCCAGGCUACCCGAGAGUGUCGAAAGAGGUGCAUUACAUCAUGGGAACUGUAUUAGCAGUGGUGGGGGUAGCGGGAAUGCUUGGAAACAUCGUCGUUUUAUUCGUCUUUACAAGAUUCCGUAGACUUCGCGGUCCCUUCUCCUGCUUCAUUGUGAACUUGGCGUUUGCUGAUCUUGGCACAUCCAUACUACAUGUAAUGGCCGUCAUAUCCUGCUUCAAGGAACGCUGGGCUUUUGGCCAACUGGGUUGCAUGGUGUACGCGGCAGGAGUGGGGCAUUUCGGCCUAUUGUCGAUUGUGACAUUGUCAGCAAUAGCGGUGGAGAGGUACAUGGUGAUAACAGCCAAGCCAAUUUCCGGACAAUGGAAAAUAACAGAACGCGGGUCGAGGAAGGUCUGUUUCCUAGCCUGGUCCUACUGCUUCGCUCUCUCCCUUCCACCACUAUUCGGCUGGUCACGCUACAUCCCCGAGGGAUUCUUCACGUCGUGUUCGUGGGACUACUCCUCCCGCACCACUGCCAACCGCGCCUUCUACAUCUACCUGCUCAUGUUCGGAUUCGUGCUGCCUGUCUCCAUCAUCUCCUACUGCUACACAUUCAUCCUCAUGGCCAUAUUCGAGCAUGGCAAGGAGAUGACUUCCAUCAAGACUCAUGAAGGUGGGAGAAAGAAGACAAUGUCAUCAACGGUGACGACAGCAGCUCCUGUGUCUUCAACCAUCCGCACUGCUGAGAUCAUCCUGGUGCUGGUGGUACUCUUCAUGUUGUCAUGGACUCCCUACGCCAUAGUCACGCUCAUUGGCCAGUUCGGCAAGAAGGGGGUCAUCACACCCUGGCUGUCGGCUUUGCCUGCUUUUUUCGCCAAGGCAUCGGUUGUGUACAACCCAAUAGUGUACGGCCUGUCACACCCGCACUUCAGGGCGUCUCUGCGCCAGUACUUCGCGAGUGGCAGUCCAGAAAGCAUUGCCAGAAUGCCAAGCAGUCUGCGGGUGUCGCACUCCAACAGACACCACACGCAUUUCCGAUGCUUCCACAUGGGCGAUGGCUCCAAGCGAUACUACAGCGAACCGGACAACAGAUCGAUAGUUCAAACCUACCGUUCAAAUCCGCCAUAUUGGAAGUCUACACAGAGAAAUAUUAGCACGCCGUUCUGUAAUAGUCGAUCCAGUUUACAAGGAGGUAACGGCGAAGCCAUGGUUGUAACAACAAGCUCAUCAACAACACUGUGUACAUUUUACGAGUCACCUGUACUGAGCAAGACAUGUCGAUUGGAGCAGAUGACAUCCAGCUGAAAGCAAGUGAAGCCUGGUUUCCAUUCUUCCAUUUCUGCAGACACCAGGCUCUAGCGACAGCUACAUCUCAACAGCUCUUUCCAACUAACAACUCAUGAUUGAAUGACCCGCUUCUGCUCAAACAGCUGCUCAUUCCCUUGAUGUUGAAAGGAUAGUGAUUUUUUGACAAAAUCUCUUUCAAAUGAUUGAAUCCUGGAACUCGCUGUAUUCCCU